UCAGACCAAUAGCUGACUCUCCCUCUCCCACGCUGCAACAGAUAAACCAGAAAAACUUUCAACUUCUUAUCCUCGCUCCUCCUUCCAUGGAAAUCACAAAAUCCAAGUUCUGAAUUUUCUAUCUUUUUUUCGUUUUCUCGAAAACUCUCUGGUAUCAAUGGCGAUUCUAGCAUCUCUACAAGGUCUAAACCUCUUCUCCUCCCUCCCUUCAACACCGCCCCCAAACGACCAACCUCCAUCAACCUCAUCGUCUCCUUCACCUCCGAUCCCAAUCCCCAAAUACCCACCUUCUUUCAAAUCCCAACGCAGAAAACCACCCCAAAAUGUACCACAAAAUUCCUCAAAACCACCGCCCAAUCCGGCCCUCAAGUCCGUCCACCGCCGCUCCAACUACUACAAGCCCGUCAGGGACGGCGUCAUCGCGUCGGACGACGGACGCUCCGUCGUCAUUGGCGAUUCCGGCGUCUCCUAUCUCCUCCCCGGCGCGCCGUUCGAGUUCCAGUACAGCUACUCCGAGACCCCCAAGGUGAAGCCCUUGGCCAUUCGCGAGCCGGCGUUCUUGCCGUUCGCGCCGCCGACGAUGCCGAGGCCGUGGACCGGGAAGGCUCCGCUGAAGAGCGCGAAGGAGAAGAAGAGGAAUCGGAAGAUUCCGCUCCUCGAUUCGUUCAAUCCGCCGCCGCGGGGGACGGAGGGAGUGAAGCAGAUGGAGAUGCCGGGGCCGUUCCCGUUCGGGAAGUAUCCGAAGGUGAGGAAGACGAAGGAAGAGAUUCUCGGAGAGCCUCUGAAGAAAUGGGAGAUUAAGAUGCUUAUUAAGCCUCAUUUGUCGUCUAAUCGCCAGGUUAAUCUCGGAAGGGAUGGUUUAACGCAUAACAUGUUGGAGCUAAUACAUUCGCAUUGGAAGCGGACGCCUGUGUGUAAAAUCCGUUGCAAAGGUGUUCCCACUGUGGAUAUGGAUAAUGUUUGCCAACAUAUUGAGAACAAAACUGGUGGAAAAAUCAUUAAUCGAGCUGGAGGUGCAGUUUAUCUAUUCCGUGGCAGGAAUUACAACUAUGCUAAUCGUCCACAGUACCCCGUGAUGCUGUGGAAACCAGCUGCACCGGUCUACCCCAAACUUAUCCAAGAGGCUCCUGGUGGAUUGACAAAAGAUGAAGCCAAUGAGUUACGGAUGAAGGGAAAAAAGCUUUUGCCAAUCUGUAAAUUAGCCAAAAAUGGAGUCUACAUCUCCCUGGUGAAAGAUGUUAGACAUGCUUUUGAAGGAAGUCCCUUAGUGAAGAUUGACUGCAAGGGGAUGCAUGCAAGUGACUACAAGAAGUUAGGUGCCAAGCUUAAGGAGUUGGUUCCCUGCGUGCUGCUAUCCUUUGAUGAUGAACAGAUAUUGAUGUGGAGAGGAUCCGAUUGGAAAUCAAUGUACCGAGAUGUUUCUAUACCUUCAAUUCUAGGGAAUGACGUUGUAACGUCUGAUUUGCAUAGAUCAGGCAAGGAUAAUGAUGAUAGUGGCGAUCCAGACACCCAAACAGUGAGAACAAGCCCCAAAAUGCUGUCCCUGUGGAAGCGUGCACUUGAAUCAAACAAAGCUAUAUUGUUGGAUGAAAUUAAUCUUGGCCCUGAUGCACUUUUGAUGAAAGUGGAGGAAUUUGAGGGCAUUUCACAGGCCACAGAGCACUCCUAUCCAGCUUUGAUCGUGUCAGGUGAAGACGGUACUAGCAGCUCAAUGGAAGAAUCUGAAUACCUUUCUCAAAGUGACGAUGAUAAUGAUGAUUUUAUUGAUGAUUAUGAUGAAGAAAACGAUGAUGUCUAUUAUGAUAGUGACUCCUCACUUCCUUUGGGUUCAUUACCCGUUGAUGUAAUUGCCAAAAAGUUCAGCCAAGAUUGACAUGCAACAAUGGCAUCCUUUUGGGUUAGUGAAGUGUGUGCUUUAACGUUUGAAAA